UAAAUCCCCCAGCGCAGACCCUACACUGGGGGAGGAGAGGAGCAGAUGGAGGCGCGGGGCAGGUGGGUGGCGACCGGCCGGGCGCAUUGUUCGGGCAGCUCGGGGUCUGCUUUUGGUUCCAGGCUGCUUCCGAGCUUAUCGCCCGGAUGCGCCGCUGCUCCUGGAGCAUCUAAGCAGCGCUGCAGCAAAAAGCAGAAGAGCAGCUUCCCAUGGCAUCUGGAUCCACCAUAAUGGACCCCAUCUGUCUGGUAAGAAACCAGAACAACCAGCUGACAGUAAAUCCCAGAGCACUGAAGAUUCUGGAGCAGAUAUCUCAGCCUGUGGUGGUGGUGGCCAUCGCAGGGCUGUAUCGGACCGGAAAGUCCUACCUGAUGAACCGCCUGGCAGGACAGAACCACGGUUUCCAUCUGGGCUCCACAGUCAGGUCUGAAACCAAGGGCAUCUGGAUGUGGUGUGUGCCCCACCCCUCCAAGGAAAACCACAUCCUGGUCCUUCUGGACACUGAGGGUCUGGGCGAUGUGGAGAAGGGGGACUCCAAGAAUGACUCGUGGAUCUUUGCCCUGGCUGUGCUCCUGAGCAGCACCUUUAUCUACAACAGCAUGAGCACCAUCAACCACCAGGCCCUGGAGCAGCUGCACUAUGUGACUGAACUAACAAAGUUAAUCAGAACCAAAUCAUCUUCCAGCUCUGAUGAAGAAGAGGACUCAGCCAAGUUUGUGAGUUUCUUUCCAGACUUCAUCUGGACUGUGCGGGAUUUCAUGUUGGAACUGGAGUUAGAUGACUGCCCCAUCACUGAAGAUGAGUACCUGGAGAAUGCCUUGAAGUUGAUUCCAGGCAAGGAUCCAAAAAUCCAAAAUUCCAACAUGCCCAGAGAGUGUAUAAGGAAAUUUUUUCCAAAAAGAAAGUGCUUUGUCUUUGACCGGCCUACAAAUGAUAGAAGGCUAUUACUCCGUAUUGAGGAACUAUCAGAUAACCAAUUGGAUGUGAAUUUCCAGAAGCAAUCAAAAGAUUUUUGCUCAUAUAUCUUCACCCAUGCAAAGCCCAAGACCCUAAGAGAAGGAAUCACUGUCACUGGGGGAGGGUUGGGGACUCUGGUGGAGGCCUACGUAGAUGCCAUCAACAGUGGAGGAGUUCCCUGUUUGGAGAAUGCGGUAAUAACUCUGGCUGAGCGUGAGAACUCAGCAGCCGUGCAGAAGGCAGCUGAGCACUACAGUGAACAGAUGACCCAGCGACUGAACCUUCCCACAGACACGCUCCAGGAGCUGCUGGAGGUGCAUGCAGCCUGUGAGAGGGAAGCCAUUGCCAUCUUCAUGAGGGACUCCUUCAAGGAUGACAAGCAUAUGUUCCAGAAGAAGCUCGCGGACAUCAUGGAGAAAAAGAAGGACAGUUUCAUGAUCCAGAGUGAAGAGGCUUCUGUCAAAUAUUGUGAGGCUGAGCUUAAGCAGCUUUCAGAAUCCUUGAUGAAAAGUAUUUCAGGAGGCACAUUCUUUGUCCCUGGAGGACACAGUCUCUAUUUAGAAGCAAGGAACAAGUUUGAACAAGACUAUAAACUGGUUCCCAGGAAAGGAGUUAAGGCAAACCAGGUCCUCCAGAGCUUCCUGCAGUCACAGCAAGGAGUAGAGGAAGCCAUCCUGAAGGCAGACCAGGCCCUCACUGAUGGGGACAAGGCCAUGGCAGCUGUGUGUGCCAAGAAGGAUGCAGCUGAGAGGGAACAGGAGCUGCUAAGACAGAAACAGAUUGAAGAGGAACAGAAUCUGGAGGCACAAGAGAGAAGCUUCAAGGAAAACCUGGCCCAACUGCAAGAGAAGAUGGAUAGGGAAAGAGAAAACCUUCGGAGAGAGCAGGAAAUGAUGCUGGAUCACAAGCUGAAGAUGCAAAAAGAGUUACUCACAGAAGGAUUCAAAAAGGAAGCUGAGGAGUUAAAUAAAGAGAUAGCUCAACUAAAAGAAGGUAUUCAAACAACUGAAAAGUCCUUCAAUAUUUCAGAUAUCCUUGAUAUGGCAAGUGUGACAUUAAUUGCAGUACUCCCUGGGGCUUAUAAAGUAGCUGGUAUGGGACUGAAACUUCUCAGUGAUCGAAUGAAAGCGGCUGAGAAACCCUAGUAAGUAUAUUUUGAAAGGCUUCUUAUGUUUUAGUAGUGUAACACUAUAGUUCAUUUUUAAAGUAUGUAUGUCAUGAUAGUUUUGUUCAAGAGGAGCUUAAAAACUGACUACCAAAGAAUUACUAGUUAUUACAAAAGUGAUUACCAGUGCCUGAUAUGCCAAAAAAAAAAAACCCCACACAAUUUUGAAUGAAUUAGUUAAUUUUAAGAAAUGGAAAACCAGUUGGAAGAUAAUAACUAAUUAUAGAUAAGUGUUAAGAAAAACAAGAAACAAAUAAGAAGAGGAAGAACAUUCGCAAUUUAUAAUAAAGUCUUGGAGAUCAAUUCUUUAAGUUAUAAUGAGCCCUUAUAAAUCAAUGAGGAAAGAACAGCAAACACAUUUUUAAAUGAGCAAAAAUAUAUCAAGAGAAUAAAUAUGUUUAACUUUAUUGAUUAUAAACUAUAUACAAGGUAAAAUUAGGAGGGACAUGUGUCACCUCCCAGAUGGGCCAGAAAGAAGAGUUUGGAAAGGACACUGGCUGGCAAGGGUACCAGGAAAUUGGGGGUCUCUGAUAAACGCUAGAGAGUGCAAAUUGGUGCAAAUAUGUAUCAAAUAUUUAAGUGCAAGUACUGCUGAUACAGAAGUCCAUGUUUAGCCAUUUAUCUUACAGAUUUAUUUACCCAAGUUGCAAAUGACAUAUGUAGCAGUUUAUCUGUCACAAAAUUGUAAUUCCAGAAGACUGGAAACUUCAAAGUCCCUCUGUCACAUACUAGUGAGAUAAAUCCUGAGACACCCUUACACAGGAAAACUCUACAGUCACUGAAAUGAAAAGGGAAACUCUAUUUGUGCUAAUGUGAAAAAAAUCUCAAGAUGCAGGAAGUGUGUAUAGUUGUACUACUGAUUGAAAAAAUAAUGAAUAUGUGCAUAUAUUAUCAUCUAUCUUGGAAAAUAAAAAAGAAAUUGGUAUCCAUGAGCACAACGGGAUAAAUAUGAUAACAUGAGAGGCUAACUAACUUUGCAUGGCACAUUCCUCUGUGACUUUUAUACUUUGUAAGAAUUCUUACUUAUUGAAACAUAAAUACAUUUAUUAAAAUUAAAAACAGAAACAGUAAUACACAAAUUGGAAAAGAGACUUCUCUUCAAGAAUAUGGGAAAUAGCUUCUUAAGGAAGCCAGACUAGUAACGUGUCAAGUGAGUUCCUUUGAUUUCUUGAGGCUCAGAUUUUAUUCUGCUAGUUGUGUGAACAUUGAGUGUAACACAGGCAAAAACAUUUAAACAACCAAUCUGCAAUCUGGGGAAGUCCUGCACUAAAGCAAAGGCCUGGUCCAUGGUGAGCAGCUGUGACAGGUCCUCUGGGCUUGAAAUUCUCUCAGGGCCUGGGUCCUCUCUGGGGUGGGGAGUAGUGGGGCAACAGGAGUGAACCUUGGAACAUGCACAGCUCGCAGAGCCAGGACCCCUCCCUACCUUAUGUCCCGUUGAUACAAGGGGGUUGGAUCUGUUCAGGUCUCCUGACAUAUCACAUGUGUUAAGCCACACUGACAUCAUUGUUAAUUCUUAUGCCACUUAACAAACUCUUUGCUGUUAAUUCAGAUAAGAAGACCUCCUGUACAAAAUCACCUUAUCUUAAAAUGUUUCAUUCUAGAUUUGGUCAAUUCACAUUCUAUUAAUCACCCUAUGGGUAUUAAUUGGAAUCAGCAUCUAAACAUAAAGAGCACACUUAUUUUUCUGAAAUAUUUUAAUGUUAAUUACCACAUGGAAAAAAUAACUUUUUCCAGUUCCAUCCUGCUAGUGUUCUGAAUCUUGGUUUCGUACUUGCUCACUAGAAUAAAACACCUUUAUUGCACCCCAAAACUACAUCAAUUACCCCUGGCUUCUGUCUAAACCAAGAGGACUAGUAAAAUCUCUUAUUGCAGCCUCAUUUCUAUGUAAGCAACUCUAUUAAGAUAAUUCAUCUAUGUACAUCAAACACUCUGUAUGACAGAUAUUGUAUAAUGUCACUCAUUACUUAAUACUCACCUAACAAAUGUAUGACAAUGGAUUUCAAUACCCAUCACCUAGCAGGAAAUUUUCUCUUGAAAAUAAAUAUUUCUCUUUUUCAAAGGAAAA